AUGGCUUUGGACAAGAAAGAUAUUGAAAUUAUUGUCUACAAUUAUUUCAGGCAACAAUUUGUUAUUAAAGAUGUCCAAUGGACGCCACCCCAUAAUAGAUCCACACAAACGGAGGAACGCAAUAUCACCAGAUUUGUUGAUGCACUCAACCAGUUAACUAGUAACUUUAGGUCCAGUGAAGGAUUUUCCCAAUUACAUGAAAAACUGGAAACUGUGAUUCCUAGUCUAGAUCAUUAUGCCGCUGAUCGUUUCGAUGAAGCCGGUUACGUUGUAUUUUCUGGUAUUGCUGAACAUUUAUGUGCUGAAGGAAUUAGAUGGAGUCACAUUCUAACACUAUUUGUUUUCACUUUCGAAUUGGCUAAUGAAUAUUUACAAAUUAAGGAUGACUUAACAAUCGUUGAAAGUAUUGCCAAUUGGCUGAUUUUAUAUGUUUCAGAAAGACUUUUGGAAUGGAUAAAUAAUCAUGGAGGAUCAAAUGGUCUCGUCGAAUACUCUAAUCACUCCAGUUCUUCAAAUAAUUUUACUGACUUGAGGUUUUGGAAAACAGCAUUUUUGGCGACCGGUAUUUUCGCAUUAAUAUCAUUUUCAAUGCAUCUGUUAAACAAAUAG